AGCUCUGCGUUUGGUCGUGCAUUUCCGUUGCAUGUUUCAGUUUCAGUGCUAAGAAAUAUUUCCUGACCAGUUCAUUUCUUUGUUGGUUAAUACUAAUAAUAGGUCUUUUGUUACAAAUAUGAGUGCAGAUGCUUCUGUGGCAGCUCUCUGUGAUGCAUUCUGGGAAUGGCGUCUGAAGGAGAGUCCCGAGUUUGCGGCUUACUGCGGUGUUCAUGAUUGUGAUGACUUGUGGGAUGACACAUCAGAGAAUGCCGUCAAGCAAACAAAUCUGGCUGUGAAGAGGUUUAUGUCUCAGGCGGAUGAUAUAAAGUCUGAUUUGUGCAGCAAGGAAGAACAGCAGAACCUUUUGCUUCUGAAAGAUACGUUGAAAGUCUACCUGGAUGGGUCAGAGUUCAGAUGCUUUUUGCUUCCAGUCAGCUUCUUGGAAGGCGUCCAUGAUCUUAACGACACUUUCUCCUUCCUCGUCUUCAACUCGCAGGAAGAUUUCCAGAAAUAUGUGGCAAAAUUACGACGUCUGCCUCAAAAGAUUGCUCAAGUUGAAGCAGUUCUGGGGCAGUCUAUUGAAGAGAAGUUUACCAAUCACCAAAGAUCAAUGAAUGCAGUGCCAGGUCAAAUUUCCAGUCUUCUUGACACGAAAGCAGAUGAAUCCUUGUUUCUGAAACCUUUCCAUGAGGCUUCUGCGACCAUUGAUCCUAAAGUCAUAUCUUCAUUGAAGGAUGAGGCCAUUAAUUUGGUGAAUUCUCAGAUUUACCCCGCCUACAGGAAACUGAAAGAAAUGAUAGAAAACCAAUACAUGAAGAAUCUUCGCCAAGCAGAAGGCGUUUCAUCACUAGCGAAUGGUGCUCAGCUGUACCAGAAAUGUCUGGACUACCAUCUGUCGUGCCACAUGACGCCUGCCGAAAUCCAUGAACUUGGUCAGAAGGAAGUGAAGCGCAUACACGAGUCGAUGCUCAAAAUAGCCGAGGAGGAAGGAUUCACUGGCGAGAACGCUGCCGCAAAGUUUAAAGAACUCCUCAGUUCAGAUAAAUUCCAUUUCAAAUCUGCAGAUGAAGUGCUGAAUUACGUGAAACACAUCAGCAUGAAUCUGAUUCGUCCCAAACUACCAUCAAUAAUAAAAAACAUUCCAGAUUUACAACUCAUAAUACAGCCAGUUCCUCCCUCACGGGCGACCUCCCCUGCAGCAUUCUACAUGAGUGGCACGUAUGACGGGUCAAGACCAGGUGUUUACUACGUCAACGCAAACAAGCUGGAGUCAUGCCACAAGUAUGAGUUUAUGGCUUUAAGCCUCCACGAAGGUGAACCAGGACAUCACACGCAGACUAUGUAUUGUCAGACUCAUUCCAAAACACCAGCUUUCCGACAAUACCUUGAGGAUCAGAAAUAUUACCUAGCUCCCAGCAAAUUUCCUGCAUAUACUGCUCAUAUCGAGGGCUGGGGUUUGUACUCCGAAGCACUAGGAGAAGAACUUGGUCUGUAUGAGGACAGAUACUCUUUGUUUGGAAGAUACAGCUUUGAGAUGUUGCGGGCAGCUCGUCUUGUUGUUGAUACAGGAUUACACGCCAUGGGGUGGAGCUGGCAAGACGCGGUCAAGUAUCUGGUUGACUACACUAUGAGUGACACAUGGACGAUGACCAAUGAAAUUGACCGAUACAUCACGUGGCCAGGACAGGCAUGUGCCUACAAAAUUGGAGAGCUGAAGAUUUGGGAUUUAAGGCACCAGGCAGAAAAGAAACUUGGAGACAACUUUGACGUUAGAGAGUUCCACGAAGCGGUGAUUGGAAGUGGUUCCAUUCCACUGUCUCUCCUUGAAACUAAGGUUGAUGAGUACAUACAAGACAACACCAAGUAGAACUGCAAAACUGCAGCGUGAUCGGAUUGCACUUUAGAAUGCGAGCUGAAUCAGCUCAUCCCAAACUUGACAUUUUACAGUGAUGUCUUGGAUGCUAGAUCUCUUAAAUAUUUGAAAGUAUUAAAGCUGCUGUCUAGAAAUAUUUUUCAUAUUUAAACAUUUAAACAGAUGAUCCAAUUCUGUUUUACACCUAUGAUGCAUUGAAAUUAAUUUUUCAUUCCCUAGCUUUCUUAGCCAAGUUGCAUAAAAAAGCUCUGCUAGAAAUUUACAUUUGAAUAACAGGCUCCCUCAAAUUUCAUGAAUUUAUCCCUAAUCCACGAAUACCUGCAUAGUGAAAUCAACAUGGUCAUUCAUGUUAACACUGUUAGACCUGCAACGGCCCAGCUUGUGAAGCUUUUGACAACAUACACUUAUUAGAGUAAAGUAAUGUAAGUUUGUUAAAAUUUUAUUCGAUUUUGAAGUUUGUAUUAUUAUUUUAAAAUUAUUAUGCAACAAUGUCAGUGGGUUUUGUCUGUUAUUAACUCUGUGGUCCGGGGCGGGUCGUAUCCCAGUGGUAAAGCACUCGCUUGAUGCACGGUCAGUCUAGGAUCGAUCCCCAUCGGUGGGCACAUUGGGCUAUUUCUCCUUUCAGCCAGUACACCAUGACUGGUAAAUUAAAGG